GCCUAUCGCUGCUGCUCGGGGGCAACAACAAAAGAGAACAGAGAGAAAAACGCGUAGUAGCAGAGUUGGGCAACUUAAUUAACAAAAUUCGCGGUGAAUGCGCUAGCGUAACAUGGACGAUGUCCCGGUCAAGAUAGUGGAGCGCUAUAAACCCCCACCAGCCGUCUACCAGCUGCCCCAGGCGACCCUGAACCGCCUGGCACAGUUUCGGGAGGAUUUCUACACGGAUCACCCUGACUACCAGUACGAUGGCCAGCUGGAGCGAGCAGUUGUGACUCAGGCGCAACGCUGGCGCCAGCUGCGUAAGCAGCAGCGCGAGGAGCGCACCAGGCGCCAGGAGCGACGCAAGGAGCAACGCCAACGGGCGCUGGAGGCCAAGCAGAAGGAGAUGCUCGGAGCCGUCGAUUACCCAAGUACUGACGAUUUGUCAUCGGACGGGGAGGAGACGGAGACGGAGGCAGAGCGGGUGGGGAAGACGGAGGAGGAGGAGUUGGAGAAGCAGCAACCUCAGCUCACUGAGUCACGCGACUCGCACGAACCAAAGUCAAUAAGCGUGUGCAACAACUUCCACAACAUCUUGCAGCCCACCAUCUUAAGCACGACCCCGGUGGCCAGUCCCCAGACGCUGCACAAGCGGAACAGCUCCCUCAACUAUGCGGACUUCGAGUACAACAUGAACUCUACGCCCUUCGACAACAUCGAGCUGAAGACUAUCAAUGAUCUGGAUAUACUCGCCCAGGUGCUGCACCAGACCCAGCUGGAGGAGAACCAACGAGAACUGCGGCAGCAGCAGGCGCAGAAGGAGUCGGAGCCGCCCAAACAGGAGAUGCCAGCUCCUGUGGAACUGACGAUGACGACGCUGGCGGAGACCAAAGCGACGCUGGACAGCGUCAAUUUCCAUGUUCACUGUGAUGACGAUGAGGGCAGGAGCGAGCCCAAAAACAUUCCACCCACGCCGCCUCAAUACCCCACGUCCAUGUACAGCGCUUCCCCACAGCAGCAGCAGCCGGAGCACUUCCAGGCUUACCACAUGCAUGGCUAUAAUAGUGGCCCAACCUUCUACUCUACGCAGCAGCCUCAACUUUACCAGAACAACUACUAUGUCAAUGGAUUUGGCACACCACCACCCAAUCACUUGAUGUCACCUCCAGCGCCUUACUCCAUUCUGGCAGUCAGCCAAGCGGAGGACGAGGUAGCCACCAAGUCGAGGAGUGUGCCGGACAUUCUGCGCGAGCUUAAGACAGAACUGCAACAGGCAGAGAAACGCCGCACCCGCCUGCACAGCCACAAUGGGGAGGAGCAGCAGCAGCAACAGGAACAACAGCACCCAAAGACAGAGAUGGUAUCCACAGACAGAAACUCAUUCAGGGAGCUGGCUGGACCGGCGCAAAAGCUGGCGCAUCGCAUCAGCACCAUGGGCUUCCCCCUGGAGCGGGUGGCCAAGGUGGUUGGCCUGUGUGGCAUCGAUGAUAAGAAGAUCAUCGAACACCUGAUACCGCUGGGAGAGCUCAUGGACCUGGGCUUUGACGAAUCGAAAAUCUCGGCGGCGCUGCUCAAGUUCGACAAUAAUAAGGACAAGGCGCUAGACUAUUUAAUUAACUAG